AUGUAAGGAUAACCUGACCCCCUUGCUGUACAGUGGGAAAAUAAAAAAAAAAAAAAAAAGAAAAGUUCACCAGUCUGAAGAAUACAUCUUGAUGGAUUUUUUCAUAUGUUAUAUACACCUGCGUAACCACUGCCCAGCUCAAAGAGGGGGGUGUUCUCAGGCUAGGACAGACCGCAAAGGGUGGGACACACAGCUGUUUAGCCUCUAACAGACUAUGAACAAUGAGAUACCAGGGUAUGGCUUGCUCUGCUUGGCCGCCACUGUCAAUUAACAAGUACCUGGUGAGUACCCGCAAGCUUCUGGAAACUUCCUGGUGUAAAGCCAAAGUGCUCUUCAAUAAUAAGUCAACACCUUGUGUUUUUAGAAGUCAAGCUUCAAUGAAAGGUUUUGUAUCAUCUGUUAUUUGUUGUGUAUUUACUAUUGAUUAUACUCAUUGGUUUGAGACCCUUUACCUGGGAGCCACGCCUCCUUUCUUUCUGCUUCAAUCUGCCUUCCUUUCUCUCUAAUGUGUCUUUAUUACCUAGGGCCAAACAAAGCCCCGUGCAUUGCAGCUGAUCAUGGCAACCUCUGGAGAAGGCGGCAACCCCAGCGGCAGAGCGAUGCCCCGGCCCCUGGCACAGCUGAAGGUGCUUGAGCCUCGGGUGGCCCGCAGACGCCUGUCCCAGGCCCGCCACCGAGCCACCCUGGCAGGGCUCUUCAGCAACCUCAGGAAAGCCGUUUACUUUCACUCUGACCUCACAGCCUCAAAGUGGCAGGUCUUGAAUAGGGCGAAGGCUCACAUUCAGGAACUAGAACAAACCCUGGAUAAUCUGCUGAAGCUGAAAGAAUCCUUCAACCUGGAGGAUGGGAAUGCAAACAGCUUAGAGGAGGCCAAGAGAGAAUAUGCCAGCAUGUACUCCAGAAACCCCAGUCUGGUAUCAAAUAAAAUUUAUAGGAAAGGCUCUGACACCUGGUGCCCAAUUGAGGCAGUUGGGAAGGACCCUGACGAGGAAGAAGAGGACGAGGAAGAAGAAGAGGAGGACGAGGAGGAGGAAGAGGAGGAAGAGGAGAAAAAAGUGGAGCUCCUACACUCCCCGGUCACCUUGUUGCCAGACCUCAUGGAAUUUGAACGGUACCUCAACUUCUACAAGCAGACGAUGGACCUUCUGAUCGGGAACGGGAUCGUCUCCUCGCAGGAGGUGACGCUCCCCAUCGUGUCUGCAGCCAUCUCCCACCUGUGGCAGACCCUCUCUGAGGAGAGGAAGGCCAGCCUCUUGCAGGCUUGGGUGCAGAAGCACAGUGGCCUCCCAGGCCUCGCGGAGGCCUGUCCGGAGCCGGCCGGUGCCGAGGGCAGCGUCAAGGACAGCGGAGUCGACAGCCAGGGGCCAGCUGCUCACUGGUAUCCACCCCGAGGAGGUGAGCGCACCAGGGUCGGGUGGAGGGUGGGCAGGAAAGACGCCCUCACCUUUGCCCGGAGACGCCAGGGUGCUCCUGGGGUCACUUACCAAGAAGAAAGGGCCGGCGCACACCCCGGGCGGGCCCGCGGCGGGGGCGCCUCGGCUCAGUCUCUGCAGAAGUCACGGAGGACCCGGUUCCUCCCUUCUUCCAGCUUUACCCGUCUUCAGGUAGACGUCUCGCCUUUUCUUCUCUCUCCUCUUCCUCCUUCCCCUGUAGCAAUCGAGCUGGUACUCCUCAUCCUCUACAUCCCACACAUGAAGUUCUGUGCUUCCUUUCAGAUCCUUUUUGAAGAUGCCUUUGAUGUGGCAAGUUUCCUGGACAAAAGUGAGGCUCCAAGUACAUCUAGCCCCAGUUCCGUGCUGGCCAUCUGCAACCCAGAAAAGCCCGAGGAGAAGUUUCAGCUCUACAUGCAGAUCAUCGAUUUUUUUAAAGGCCUUUGCUGUGUUAACACGCAGUUCAAACAGGAACCGGACCUUCCCGUUGAUGAUGAGAUGAUAAUGUUGAGGUGCAUGGAGACAUUUGACGACGAAGAUCUGUAGUGCAGAAGGGCUGGGAGCCCGAGGGGGAGGAGGAGGGCAGGCAGUCUCCAGGUUUGAAUGCUGCCAGCCAAGGCUGCCCCUGCCCAGCCUUGUAGGAUGUUUUGGAGUGGGCUGUUCCAAAAGCAUUUUGAUGGUCGUAGCUUCUGAUUAUUAUAAAGUGUUUAAGAGGAGU